AUGUCGGCAGGGCAAGUCCGACUGCGGGAAAUUCAGAAGGUGUACAGUGAAUGGUGUGUCCAAGCUGCGGAGAUCAUCCUGGCCGCACGGGUAGACCAUCCGAGGCCGACUGGGACCCCGCAGCAGACGUCGGCCAGUUUUAAUUUGAAGGUGCCCGAGCUGUUCAACGUUCGAAACGAGGCGGUGGCUCGGGCCGAGUUCUUUCAACUCCGGACGCAAAGGUCGUUCCAGGUGGAGAUCUAUGUGAGCGGCGAAGACGAGGAGGGAACCGGUGAGGAGGCCGGCCAGCUAUUAGAGCGAUGGACCUUCACGUACCUCCCGGCUGCAGCACAGCCGGAUCCAACGGCCCAGCUAGACAGGCACAACCAGACACUCGUCCGUCGGCUGAGUGUCGUGCUGCGGACACUUCUCUUUUUCGUGCGCCUGCUGCCGGCCCAUGGCUUGUGCCGCAGCGCGCGCAGCGGCGAUCCGGCAGGCCAGCCUCCUCCCGCCAGGUAUCACCGCUUCCGCGUUGAGGCCUGGCCCCCGACCUCCCGCACUCCGGCGGUGCAGGAGUUGGUCUCGCAGGACUUCGUGACCCUUCCUUCCACAGCUGGAUCCCUGCGACUCAGUGUGGCUCAGCGAAAGGACUUGAAGUGCUUGAGCAGUUCCGGGCCGCUCAAAGGUGUUGCGGCCAUCUCCUCGCAGAUGGACACAAUAGACAUGGAGGAAGGCUUCUUCGCCCAAACAUCCAGUGCGGCUGGAAGCGGCGUCAGUGCAGAUGCAGCCCGGAGCAAGCUGGAUAAGAUUGCUGAGGAGCCCGAGGUGAGACAAGGCGGCGAAGUGGCGAAACUCCAGCCAGGUGGGCUUGCAGAAGGAGCGCAGUCUCAGUCCACUGCAGCUCCAUUCGAGCCGAAUGUUCGAGUGCAGGGUCCGGAUCGGCCGGAAAGCCCGGCGCAAAGUGCGUCCACGUCGUCCAGGGCGGCAUCAACGAGCGUGCCGGCAGUCGUCUUAGAUGCGACGCCUCCCUUGGCAGCAGCAGGUGCAGCGCUGCCGACACAUCCUCUCUCCUUGAGCUCCUCAAGGUCUCACACGCCCCUGCCAACGCCAUGCUCGACUCCAAACCAGGAGCCUGCGGCUGAACCGACUUCCGGUGGGGCCGCUGGCAUCAAUGCAGAGAGGCAUUCAGUUGCUAUCGAGGACAAGUCGCUGAAAACUCCCUCAGGAGAGUUGGAUGACCUGAGCAACAUCUGGAUGAGCAGUCUUCCCGACUGGGGCCGGAGGAGGAGUAUGUCCUUGGAUGGCUCCCGGGGGACGGGUGGUACAUCACGGUCCGUCAGCCCGGAGGAUCCCUCCAGAGGGCCUUCUAUCGGAGACCUCCAGUCCUCAGGGCGCAUGGCACGUGGUUCUGCGGCCUCUGUCUCCAGCGGUACGGCUCGUUAUCCGCCGGAGUCGGAGGGCGAGAUCUGUCUCUUCGGAAUGAGCGACGACGAGGAGGAGAAGAUGCCGUCCGAUGAAGAGGAUGUGGAGAGGAAUGUCGUCGCAUCGGCCAUCGUGGAGGGUGGCGGUGGCGGAGCGUUCGCCACAGCAUCCACCCGUAUCGAUGUUUCGAAGUUGGGACUCGCCGACCUCGAGUCCGAUCAGCCAGGGCUGUCACGGAGGAGCUCACAGGCAAGCCCGAGACAGCGGUUUUCGCCUCUGAUCGCACAGCUGAACCCCUUCCAGCCGCCUCCGUCCUUGGAUCUUCCACCCGGACACGCUGCAGCUCAAUCGCCGCCGGCCUUGGAUGCAGCGGGCCCCGAGGAGGAUGGAGUCAGUUCAGGGGUCGCCAAGGCGGAUGAAGUGGGCCUGCUGGUGGAGCAGAUGGGAGACCUGGUUUGCCGGCUACAGCAGCGGCAGGAUCUUGCCAUCUUCUCCGAGGAAACAUACCCAGAGGAGCUCCUUCGGCGUUUGGACCAUUUCCGCGAUGUGGCGAAGGGCCUCGCCGCACGUGGCCGAGCUGUCUUGG